AUGGUCUAUACGGAUAUCUGCCCAAUUUUGAGCGACACUGAAUGGAAAGAUAAUUGUCAACUUCCAGUGAUUCGUAAGGGUGAAACUCCAUCUGAUUGGAUGAAACGAAUUUGGGAUCAGUUGACGAAUUAUAAGAAUAAUAAUCGUUUGACUUAUGAUAAAAAGCGAUAUCUUAUCGCCAGAAAGAUGGAAUAUUUAUGUCCUGAUACUGUAGCUAGGUUUAAUCAAUUGCCUAAUCUUCGGGAAGCUAAUGAAGCAAGAAAGAAACAAGUUACUGAGGAGACUUUUAAGACUUUAGGAGUAGAGAGUAGUUUUGGGAUCGGUGGGGUUAGUGGUUGUUUAACUAGUAAAGUACAAAGAGUACAAAGUGCCUUUAAAAAGCUUGUUGACUUGAUUCAAGAUAAUGCAGAAUCCAAGGUGAUCAGUCAAAUUGAAAAUGAAGUUAAUGAAGAACUACGUGAAAUGCGUGAUGUGGAUAUUAUAGAACUUGAAUUACCAGAAAUAAAGGCCAAGGGCAAGAAACGUGAUAAAAUUUUUGAAGCGAUCCAUGAUAUUUUUAAUGCUGAAAUUGUUGACAAUAAAUUGUUCAUCAAGUUUAAUGGUUGGAUUAAAGCAGAAAUACAUAAGAAAGUAGUGUAUUCACUUGAUCAACAACUCCCACCAACUUGGGGGACUCAAAUUGAUACAAUAUGUGUGGUUAACGGUAAUCAGUAUCGACCUGAUGUGGGCAGUUGGAAUCCUAAACCAGCACGUAAUCAAAGGCUUAACCCUAUAAUUAAUCUAUGUCCACCACCGUUGCUGUGGAUCGAGGUGACCUAUGACAAUUCUGGGGAUCGUGAUAAUGCCAUGAAUAAAUUUGCAUGCAUUCGACCCUACUGCCUGACCACAGAAUUUGUAAUAAUUGUUGUUCCGGCUACUGAAACUGCCUUUCCAGCAAAUCCAAAUCCAGAUGUUGCUUCAAUGGUGGGAACACCCAAAACGGCUUGUCCUUCUCAUGCUCCAUAUCUCGGCCAUUGGCCCGUGGGCAAUACAGUUCGUUGGUACAAGAUGAAAUGGAAUAGGCAUCUUGUAUUAGGAUGUGGAGCGAACAUAGAUUUUAAUGAUAUACUUCAAGUCUUAACAUAA